AGCAGAGGAACGCGACCAAUGUUUACUUCCAAGAUGGCGGCGGAAUGUCAGAGAGUUGACAGGAGUAGUCACAGCAUGGAUAAAAGCAUAACUCUUCCAGCCGACGAGAUCUUCAGAAAUUUGGAAAAUGCUAAGAGGUUCGCAAUAGACAUAGGUGGAUCUUUGACCAAACUCGCCUAUUACUCCACUGUUCAACACAAAGUAGCGAAAGUGCGUUCCUUCGACCAUACAGCAAAGGAGACUGAGGGUGAACCCCUCUAUGAGAUCUCUAUGCAAGAGGAGGUCACAGCUCGCCUUCACUUCAUUAAAUUUGAAAAUGCCUACAUUGAAACCUGCCUGGACUUUAUUAAAGACCACCUGGUCAACACAGAAACCAAAGUGAUCAAAGCCACUGGUGGAGGAGCUCACAAGUUUAAAGAUCUCAUAGAGAAAAAACUGAAGCUCAGGGUGGACAAGGAGGAUGAAAUGACAUGCCUGAUCAAGGGCUGCAACUUUGUGCUAAGGAACAUCCCCCACGAGGCCUUUGUUUACGUCAAGCAUGCAGACUCUGAGUUCCGCUUCCAGAACACUCACCCUGACAUCUUUCCUUACCUGCUCAUCAACAUCGGCUCAGGGGUGUCCAUUGUCAAGGUUGAAUCUGAAGAUAAAUUUGAGCGUGUUGGAGGAAGCUCCAUAGGUGGGGGGACAUUCUGGGGCCUUGGAGCUCUGCUCACAAAAACAAAGAGAUUUGAUGAACUACUUCAGUUGGCCUCGAAGGGGCAGCACACAAGUGUUGAUAUGCUUGUCAAAGACAUCUACGGGGGAUCUUAUGGAUCAUUGGGCUUGACUGGGGACCUCAUUGCAAGCAGCUUCGGAAAAUCUGCUACUGCUGACAACGAGUUCUCUAAAGAAGACAUGGCGAAGAGCCUGCUCCAUAUGAUUAGCAAUGACAUUGGGCAGCUGGCAUGCCUCUAUGCGCGGCUCCACAACCUGACCCGGGUCUAUUUCGGGGGCUUCUUCAUCCGAGGACACCCUGUUACAAUGCACACCAUCACUUACAGCAUCAACUUCUUCACCAAGGGCGAAGUCCAGGCACUCUUUCUGAGGCAUGAAGGUUAUCUGGGGACGAUUGGUGCCUUUCUUAAGGGAGCAGAGGAGGACACACCCCCCAUGCUGCCCCACUCUUUGGGAACCACUGCCUUAUCACACCCUAGGUUUGAUCCUAACCAGUACAGUUGGGGGGAGAACUAUGCUGGGAGCUCUGGCCUGAUGAGUGUGUCUCCUGACCUGAACCCCAUGCAGCGUACACGCAGUGGAACAUUUCCCUUUGACAUGUUAGAGAUGGAUCGUCUGGAGAGGCAGCUGGUGAACCUGCCCCUUCUACAGGACCCGUCCUCUUACAUCCCAGACACCGUGGACCUUUCAGAGGAUGCACUUGCACGGGAGUACUGGCUCUACUGCUUCGAGGAGGCCUUGGAUGGUGUGGUGAAGAGAGCUGUGGCAAGCCAACCUGAUCUUCCGGAGGCCGCUGAACGAGCAGAGAAGUUCCGUCACAAGUACCGGCACAAGCUUCAGACCCUCCGCCAACAACCUUUUGCUUAUGGAUCCCUCACUGUCAGAAGUCUGUUAGACACAAGAGAACACUGUUUAAACGAGUUCAACUUCCCAGACCCCUACUCUAAGAUCAAGCAGAGGGAGAAUGACAUUGCCCUCAAGUACUUCCAAAAGGCAAUAAAAUCUCUUGAAGAGCUAAGCUGGGAGCAGAGGCAGUUUGCCCUGGUCAGGGGCCUACUAGCUGGAAACGUCUUUGAUUGGGGUGCCAAGGCUGUCUCUGAUGUUUUGGAAUCUGAUCCAGAAUUUGGCUUUGAACAGGCGAAACGGCAAUUGGAAGAGAGGCCAUGGCUUGUUGAUGCCUAUGACCAAUGGCUCGAGAGACUGAAGGGCCCACCUCAUAAGUGUGCAUUAUUUUUCGUAGAUAAUAGCGGAAUAGACAUCAUACUGGGCGUGUUUCCAUUUAUCAGAGAGCUUCUCUGCAGGGGAACAGAGGUAGUCCUUGCCAGUAACUCUAGCCCAGCUUUGAAUGAUGUGACAAACAGUGAGCUGCAAAUCUUGACGCAAAGAAUAGCUGCAAUGGAUUUAGUCAUACAAUCUGCUGUGAAAGAGGACAGGUUGACGCUUGUCCAGAGUGGUUCCAGCUCUCCUUGCUUGGACUUAAGCCGUCUUGACAAGGAGUUGGCUGGCGUUGUACGUGAGCGCCACACAGACUUGGUGGUCAUUGAGGGCAUGGGCCGGGCCAUCCACACCAACUACUAUGCUAUGUUAAGCUGCGAGAGCCUCAAGAUGGCUGUCAUCAAAAAUUCCUGGCUUGCUGACCGUCUUGGGGGCAAGUUGUUCAGUGUGGUUUUCAAGUAUGAGGUGCCACCCAGUCACAAAACCACCACCCAGGAUCAUGUUCCAGGAACACCUUCAUGAUCUCAUCUCUACUUGUGAAGUCUGAUCAUGGGACUUUUUAAACUGGUUGGAGAGUUCCAGCUGGCUGUAACAGGGUUGAUUUGACCACAUCAUAUUAAUGUAAUUGGUGGUCUCUGAUGGAUUAGAAAAAUUGGGUGAACUAUUUUAGCAAUGAUGUCAAAGUUGGCUGGAAUAUAACAUCACUUUGUAAUGAAUGUUUAAAUGUCUUCCCUUUUUGAUGUGUAUCCAUCACCAUGUGUUUUGCUUAUCACAGUCUCAAUUGUGGUUAUGGUAUCAGAACAAAAAGAUGUCAGUGGUAAAUGUGCACUCUUUGCAGAUUGACUGUCACUGCAAGUUAGAUGCUCUACUGAAUACAUUGAUCGACCGGUUAUCAUCAGUACCCAGCUGUUUACGCACAGCAUCCCAAUCGUUACCAUGGCAACAAUGUAUCUAAUGGGGAAUAGAUGCUUUGCAUCUGUAAUGCUACCGUGAUAAUUACACUGAGCUGUGCAACCAGGAUAAUUGUAGCAAUUUGCGGUUAGGCUUCACAAAGAUAUAGUACAUACUUAGACGUUGGCAUGGUGAAAAGCAUAUAUAAUUCAAAAUGUAUCUAAACUAGUUUAAUUUCUAGUGCUGGAAAUACAUGGAUAUUAACAAGGGCUGCAUGAGGGACAUUUCUUAGAUUUUUAUGCUUAAUAUCUUUCUUUGAGUACAAUAUUUUUCUCUCUCUGCCAGUAGGUCUAUUGGGAUUAUUGUGUGACAAUCAUUGCCAUCAAAAUCACUGGAAGCAAAAAUCUUGCUUUAGGGAGUUUUUCGGUCACAGUGGAUAAUGGCACUGUACAAAGGGGUUACAGAAAUAUUAGCUUCAUAUAAUUCCAGAAGAUGGCAGUAUUUCACUGUGAAAUGAACCCCUAACAACCUCAAUGAAAUAUGAAGUGUAUUGCGUCUAAAACGAGUAGUGAUUUUCAGAGAUGUUGAAUAUCGUGCUUCAUUUACCUUAGUUAUUGUGGACAUUGAACUACUUUCCGGUUUACUGUCUGCUUCUACGUAAUUCCACUGAAUCUACCUUAAAGUCAACUUCCAAACAGCAAUUAUAGCCCUUGUCAAACAGAAGUCUAACCACUGUCAUUACAACAUGUUUAGUAGAAGGGGACAUUUGCAUCCUUAACAUUUAAAUCAAGGGAAUGACAUAUAUCAUUUUGGGGCGGCAGAAAGGAUGUGACUGUGAAUUCACUGAUACUACACUUAUACCAUCGUUAAAUCAGAUUUCUGAAUUCAGGUUUGUGUUGAGGCCUUACUGUCCAAAUGUUUCCAUGGCUUUAUUUGAUUGACCUGUGGACUACUGUUGUGAUAUUGUGUAUUAUUUGUAUAUACAUGUCAAAUAAGUAUGUAAAUAUAAUUCAUUUGCA